AUGGCUUUCCAAGAGAAUUUUAAACACGAUGACGAGGAGAUGUUAGCAGAUCAAAGUUUUAAAACUGCCAAAAGCGACGAUGAACACAAUGAAAUCCUCACGGAGAGAGAACCGGACGAAGAUGAAGACGAAGGUCAAGAAAAAAAGGAUUCAAGUUUAAGACAGCAAAGCUCUACCAGUGAAAACCGAAGACAAUCGUCUAUGUCCAAACCACCCUACUCCUACAUCGCUCUGAUCACAAUGGCUAUUCUGCAAUCACCGCAAAGAAAACUCACCCUAAGUGAAAUCUGCGACUUCAUCAAGCGCCGUUUUCCGUAUUACCGCGAAAAGUUCCCCUCGUGGCAAAAUUCCAUAAGGCAUAACCUUUCUCUGAACGAUUGUUUCAUGAAAAUGCCGCGCGAACCGGGAAAUCCUGGCAAAAAACUACUGGACAUUGGAUCCUGCCAGCGAGGGAAUGUUCGAUAA